UCAUGUGCUGAUCUUAGCUCUAGAGGAGGAGAAGCAGGAGAGGAUGGAGGCUAGUGGCCACAGGUUGAAGAGUCUCCUCCAACCCUUGGAAGAUGGCAUCAGUAGUGGGCACUGUUGGUGUGCUGCAGGAUGGAAAGGAGAUGUUUGGGCUGAAGCUGAAGAAGAGGAAGAAGAAAGCAGAGAAGGGGUUAAUCUUAGCCAACAAGGGUGCCCAAGAUGGUCAAGGUGAAGCAGAAGCACCACAGGAGGGGCUUUCUCACCGGGAAGGCAUGGGAGGAGAUUUGAUAUCUGACAAUGCUUCCAUCACUCCUGUCCCCUCAGCUCCUCCAAAGAGAAGAUCAAAACUGUUGACUAAGAUCCACGAUGGGGAGGUCAGAUCCCAAAAUUACCAAAUUGCCAUAAACAUCACUGAGGCCCGCCAGCUGGUGGGUGAGAACAUCGACCCAGUUGUGAUCAUUGAAAUCGGGGAUGAGAAGAAGCAAAGCACAGUGAAGGAAGGAACCAACAGCCCAUUUUACAAUGAAUACUUUGUCUUCGACUUCAUUGGGCCCCAAUUGCAUCUUUUUGACAAGAUCAUCAAAAUCUCAGUCUUUCACCACAAGCUGAUAGGAGGUGUACUGAUCGGCUCCUUCAAAGUGGACCUGGGGACUGUGUACAACCAACCUGGUCAUCAGUUCUCUGACAAGUGGGCCCUGCUCAUGGACCCUGGCAACAUCAGGACUGGCACGAAGGGGUACCUGAAGUGUGACAUCAGCGUGACUGGGAAAGGAGAUGUCUUAAAGCGCAAUCCCAAAACCUCUGAUGCCAAGGAGCAAAUAGAAAAGAACCUUUUGAUCCCACAAGGGUUUCCAUCAGAGAGACCCUGGGCCAGAUUCUACGUGAGACUCUACAAAGCCGAAGGGCUGCCCAAAAUGAACUCCAGCAUCAUGGCGAACAUCACCAAAGCAUUUGUGGGUGACAGUAAGGACCUCGUGGAUCCCUUUGUGGAGGUCUCCUUUGCUGGGCAGACGGGGCGAACCACGGUGCAGAAGAACUGUGCCGAUCCUGUGUGGCACGAACAGGUGGUCUUCAAGGAAAUGUUCCCUCCCCUGUGUCGGAGGGUGAAAAUCCAGGUAUGGGAUGAAGGCAGCAUGAAUGAUAUAGUGCUGGCAACCCAUUUCAUCGACUUGAAGCAAAUCUCCAAUGAACAGGAUGGAGAUAAAGGCUUUCUACCCACAUUCGGACCUGCCUGGAUUAACCUGUAUGGCUCACCCAGGAACCAAGGUCUGAUGGAUGACUACCAGGAAUUGAAUGAAGGUUUCGGAGAAGGCGUGUCAUUCAGGGGCAGAAUUUUGGUGGAGAUUGCUGUGGAGAUCCUCUUGGGAGGGGCACAGGAGUUUAAAUUCUCCAAGGCACGCAAGGAGCUCAAGCUGUCUUCAAAGGACAAAGACUCCAAAUCUUCCAAAGGCUUAAGUAAAGACAAGGGUGACAAAACUGAUGAUGGAAAAGCCCAGCAGGCUUCAGACAAAACCAACUCAACAGAGGUCGAGGUGGAGCCUUUCGAUGUGCCCCUGGAGAUUGUACCAGAAAAACAAGAGGAAUUUUUACUCUUUGGAGCAUUUUUUGAAGCUACCAUGAUUGACCGGAGGAUUGGAGAUAAACCCAUUAGCUUUGAAGUUUCUAUUGGUAACUUUGGGAACUUGAUUGAUGGGGGAUCGCAUCAUGGGACUAGGAGGAAGUCAGUUGACCAAGCUGGAGAAGAUGCCCUUCCACUGCUGCCUGAAGGAGAAGGGGACGCAACCAUGCCCAUGGUCUCCACCACUCACCCCGAGAAGCCACUCGUGACAGAAGGGAACAGGAAUUACAACUAUUUGCCAUUCGAGGCCAAGAAGCCCUGUGUCUAUUUCACCAGUUCUUGGGGAGACCAGACGUUUAGGCUGCAUUGGUCCAACAUGCUGGAGAAAAUGGCAGACUUCCUGGAAGAAGGUAUAGAGGAAGUGAAAGAACUGAUUAAGAUUUCAGAGGAAGCCCCAGAAGAGAAAAUGAAGAUGGUGCUCAGCGACUUCAUCAGUCAAAGCAGUGCCUUUGUCUCUGAAGUGGAAAAGAAACCCAAGAGGUUGAACCAAACCAAUUUAGAUAAGAAACGACUUACGCUCUGUUGGCAGGAGCUGGAGGCCAUAGCCAAGGAGGCCAAGGGGCUCACUCAGCAGCAGAAGAAAAAGUUAUCUCUUGAUGAAAUGAUCCAGGCAGCCCAAAACUUUGUGGAAAAAAUCCGCUUCCUUGUGGAUGAGCCACAGCACACCAUCCCUGACGUCUUCAUCUGGAUGUUGAGCAACAACAAGAGGGUGGCAUAUGCCCGCAUCGCCGCCAAGGACCUGCUCUAUUCCCCCAUCAGGAAGCGGAUGGGUCAACACUGCGGGAAGAUCAAAACUCAUUUCCUCAAACUUCCUGGAAAACAUCCGGCUGGUUGGUCGGUGCAAGCGAAAAUUGACCUGUACAUGUGGCUGGGCUCCACCAGACACUCUAGUGCCAUUUUGAACAACUUACCAGCAGGCUAUGAAGCAGAAAUGUCCUCCAAAGGGCCUGGCACCAGUAAACCCCCAGCUAACCUGCUCUACCAAGACCGGCAUGUCUUCCAGCUGAGAGCUCACAUGUACCAAGCCCGGGGCCUCAUCGCAGCCGACAGCAACGGACUUUCAGACCCUUUUGCCAAGGUCACAUUCCUUACCCACUGCCAGACCACGAAGGUCAUUCCCCAGACCCUCUCCCCGACCUGGAACCAGAUGCUGCUGUUCAAUGACCUGGUGCUGCACGGAGACCAGAAGGAGCUGGCAGAAUCCCCACCGUUAGUGGUGGUGGAGCUGUAUGACAGUGACACAGUGGGGAAGCCAGAAUAUUUGGGUGCCACCGUGGCUGCUCCUGUUGUGAAGCUAGCCGACCAGGGCUAUGAGCCCCCCAGGCUGUGUUACCACCCCAUCUUUUGCGGGAACCUUUCUGGAGGGGACCUCCUUGCUGUAUUUGAACUGCUGCAGGUCCCCGCGUCUGGGCUGCAAGGGCUCCCUCCCCUCGACCCACCCGAUGUCACCCAGAUCUACCCUGUUCCUGCCAGCAUCCGGCCAGUGCUGAGUAAAUACCAAGUGGAGGUUCUCUUCUGGGGAGUCCGAGAAAUGAAGAAGGUGCAGCUCCUCUCGGUGGAUCGUCCCCAGGUCCUCAUCGAGUGUGGGGGGCAUGGAGUCAAGUCCUGUGUGAUCCAGAGCUACCAGAACAACCCAAACUUCAGCGUCCAGGCAGAUGCUUUCGAAGUGGAGCUGCCUGAGAACGAGCUUCUGCACCCACCCCUGAGCAUCUGCGUGGUAGACUGGAGAGCCUUUGGGAGGAGCACCCUCGUGGGAACCUACACCAUCAACUGCUUGAAACAGUUUUUGUGUAAAUCCAGGGAGCCCCUUGCCCUCACCUCACAGGUGGAUGGAGCCCAAGUUGUGCAAGAUUCAUUAAUUUCCACUGAGCCUUCUGAGACCCCCAGCUCUGCUCAGGAGCUCCCAACAGAUCAAAUCUUUGUGGAUAUUGGGCCGCCUCCCACAGUGGUACCCAACUUGGCCCAGGUUCAGGCAGCCAGCCUCAUUGAUAUCCCUGACUCAUCCCCUAUGCUGGAGACGGAACACAAACCUGCAGCCCAGGAGCCACCAAAAGACGGAAAAGCUAAGGAUGCCAGGAAACCUUCUCAGAGGUCUACUAAAAGGAGAAAGAGGACCAUAGCGGACGAAUCUGCUGAAAACGUCAUUGACUGGUGGUCGAAAUAUUAUGCCUCCCUGAAGAAAGCACAGAAGGAAAAGGAGAGCAAUUCCAAGGAGCAAAAAGGCAACACAGAGGCAAAACCAGACGAGGUAGUGGUAAACAUAGAUGGCCCGAAGAAGAAGAAAGACAAAAUACUCAAGAAGAAACUCAAAGAAAAAGAAAUCCCCAACCUGGCUGUCUUGCAGAUAUAUGAUGGGGAUCUGGAGAGUGAAUUCAACAAUUUUGAAGACUGGGUGAAAACCUUUGAGCUGCUCAGAGGCAAGUCUACGGAAGAUGACCAUGGCCUUGACAGAGACAGAGUCAUAGGAAAGUUUAAGGGCUCCUUCUGCAUCUACAAAAGCCCCGAGGAUUCCAGCAUCAAGGACAGCAAGCAGCUGAGAAUCCAGCAAGGGAUUCCAUCCAACCACCCCAUCAAAGUCCUGAUCAGGGUGUACAUUGUUGCGGCAUUUAAUCUUAGCCCAGCUGAUCCAGAUGGCAAAUCGGAUCCCUACAUUGUGGUCAAGCUUGGCAAAACUGAAAUCAAAGACCGGGACAAAUACAUCCCUAAACAACUGAACCCAGUAUUUGGAAGGUCAUUUGAGAUCCAGGCCACAUUCCCAAAGGAGUCCUUGCUCUCUGUGCUGAUCUACGACCAUGACAUGAUCGGAAUGGAUUACCUCAUUGGUGAGACGAGGAUUGACCUGGAGAACCGCUUCUACAGCAAACACCGAGCCAUCUGUGGCUUGCAGAAUCAAUAUGAGAUAGAAGGAUACAAUGCCUGGAGAGACACGUCCAAGCCCACCGAAAUCCUCACCAAGCUCUGCAAAGACAACAAGCUGGAUGGCCCCUACUUUUGCCCUGGGAAAAUACAGAUAGGAAACCAGGUCUUUUCUGGAAAAACAGUCUUCACCGAGGAGGACACAGAUGAGACGGUGGAGUCGUACGAGCACUUGGCCCUCAGCAUUUUACACUCUUGGGAGGAUAUCCCGGAGGUUGGGUGUAGGCUGGUUCCUGAGCACAUAGAAACUCGGCCACUGUACCACAGGGAUAAGCCAGGAAUGGAGCAGGGCCGCCUGCAGAUGUGGGUGGACAUGUUUCCCAAAGAUAUGCCUCAGCCUGGACCUCCUGUUGACAUUUCGCCAAGGAAACCCAAAGGGUAUGAAUUGAGAGUAACCAUCUGGAACACGGAAGAUGUCCUUUUAGAGGAUGAGAAUAUCUUCACAGGACAAAAAUCAAGUGAUAUUUAUGUUAAAGGGUGGUUAAAGGGUUUGGAAGAUGACAAGCAGGAAACAGACGUGCAUUACAACUCUCUGACUGGAGAGGGGAACUUCAACUGGCGCUUUCUAUUUCCAUUUCAGUAUCUCCCAGCGGAGAAGCAAAUGGUCAUUACCAAGAGGGAGAACAUCUUUUCCUUAGAGAAGAUGGAGUGUAAGACGCCAGCUGUGUUGGUGCUUCAGGUUUGGGAUUUUGAAAGGCUGUCUUCAGAUGAUUUUCUGGGCUCCCUGGAAAUGAACCUCAAUAGUUUUCCCCGAGCAGCUAAGUCUGCCAAAGACUGCGGUCUCACCAAGUUUGAAAAUGCAAGUGAGGAGAGCAAGAUUUCCAUAUUCCAGCAAAAGCGUGUGCGGGGCUGGUGGCCUUUCGCUAAAAGCAAAGAACUCACGGGCAAGGUUGAAGCUGAGUUCCACCUCGUUACGGCAGAAGAAGCUGAGAAAAAUCCUGUUGGAAAAGCCCGAAAGGAGCCAGAGCCCCUGGCCAAGCCCAACCGCCCAGACACCUCCUUCUCCUGGUUUGUGACCCCCUUCAAGUGCCUGUACCACCUCAUCUGGAGGAAUUACAAGAAGUACAUCAUCAUCGGUUUCAUUCUGAUCGUCCUCAUCAUCUUCCUGGUCCUCUUCAUCUAUACCUUGCCAGGAGCCAUCAGCCGAAGGAUCGUUGUGGGCUCGUCGUAGAGGGUCAUGGAGGACCCAGACCUUCCCUUUCUACUACUCCUCUCUUCUUCCUCAUCUGUAAAUGGAUAAGAAUGUAUGAUCUGUGCAGGCACUGUGCCGGCUGCUAAGGGGAUAAACCCAGAGGGCCCAAGAGCCACUCCCUAUGUCUAAGGACAGAUCAGCUCUUCUUGGAGGAGAUGGGAGAGGAAUAGUCCUGCCCUACCCCAACCCUUGCCACUACCUUUCCAAUUUAAAAGCCUUAAGUCAUGGUUUUGCCCAUGGGCAGGAUGAAAUAAUGGCUCCUUUACCCCAUAGUAAUCAAUGGUGACCUCAAAUUGACUUAGGAAAAUAUUUUCUAGAUCACUAAGUAAGGAAUGUGUUUCAUGGAUGAGGUUUAGGAAAAAGCACAACAUACAUUUAUGGUGACGUUGAAAAGGAAAAGAACAGCAUUACUUUAGGACAGAUUUGGAAGGAAGGUAUUAUACUUUCUUCUGGAUUCUGGACAGUAAAACGAUAAGUCAGGUCAACAAAACAACGCCCAAUGUUCAAAUCCACAAGAAAUACAAGCUAAAAAUUGAAAAUUCUUCUAAGUUAAAUAGAGCUCAUCAAAUUUACUUUUAUGUCAAAAGAUGUUGGAAUGCUGAAAAGCCUUUAGCAAAAGUAUUUGAAACACUUUCAGAUCAGAUGGUAUCAUAAGAAAUGUGCGAGAAGAAGGGGUAAGCAAGAAUAAUUUAGGAAUCAGCUCUGUCUGGUGUUCUACACAUAGGUUAUCACUCAUGGCCUGUCUUGUGUAUAAAAAAAUAAAUUAAAAUAAUGUUCUAGGCCUAAUUGUGCAGCCCUGACCCUAAAGAUAUUACGCUUAAGAAUUAAAAAGAUUUUGAAGCAGAAACCCCAUUUCCCAAGAAGUUGUCAUGAGUCCGUACUUGUGUUCUUAAAUGGGAUUAAUUUAAAUCUAUUCAUUUGAUGGAUUAGAGUUGUUCUUGC